AUGGACGCACUGCUCGGCGGCCUGGGUCUGAGCCUGGGCGGCGCACAACAACCGAAAGCUAUGUGUGGUUCCAUCUUUGAGCUCCAGGACAAGCUGCGAGCUGCUCUUCAAGGGCAUGUAACCGAAACCCGCGCCGACUUCAUCGCAGAGACAUUCCAGAUCCGGUCGAAUGCUGUCUUCGAGAUCCCCGUCAAUGAAAACGAGAACGAAGCUUCGGAGAACGCGUCAAGCAUCGAUCCAUCGCUUGGAGAAGGGGUGCGCGCCAGUGUUGGGCCUACAGUUAUUGGCAGUGAUGGACAACCCGCGCGUCGAGUCAAUGCUAGUGACGCUGUCAUCAAUCAACCGGCAGACGACAAUGCGGUUCAGAAGCUUGUGGCUAGCCAUAUCACCACAUCGCUAGGUCAGAUUGAUGGGAGUCGGUGGGUGGUACGGGCUGUUGCACGGACCGAUCAGGGCUGGGCUUUCAGCUACAUUUGCAAGGACUCAUGGCAGUCAUGGAGUCGGCAAGCUGCGAAGACCCCCGCCAAGACCGUUAUUAGUGAAUGGAGCGAGAAGGGUGGACAGGAUCCUAUCCAUCUUUCUUUCGAUUGCAGAGGGUGCUUGAAGAUAUCCUUUCUUAAGUCAUCGCGGACCAUCGAUGUUAAGUACGAACACUCACCGCUUCACAAGACUGUUGGACAACUGAUUGAGCUUCUUGCCCCUCCGCCAGUUGCUCCUGUCGUAAAGACACCAGAAAAUAAACCGAAAGAACCCAGAGCCCCAAGGCUACGCAAAGAGCCGAGAGCGCCAAAGGAAACCAAGACAAAAACAUCACGAUCGAGGAAGAGAGCUGUAGGAGAGGAUGGUCUUCCAGUGGAGGAUUCAUCACAGCCAAAGAAGCGGCGAAAGAAGAAGGACUCUACGGCCCCAGCUGGUCCGGUUGGCGACCCUUCUGAGCGACAGCUCUACAACAAUGAAGUCUACGGUGCUAACAAUGCUCAGCCGAACGGAGACUACGCCGAUCCGGUGCCCCCGGUCUUCAACCUCCCACCAGGCGAGCUGGAGAGAAGGCGGGAUGUUGCUAACAAAUUACUUACUGAUGCUGGAAUUGACCCACAGACCUUGUCGACUGAGCAGUUUAACAUUUUUGCAAAUCAGUCGCCAGAUUUGCAGAAGGAUUCGCUGGCUAUGCUUGUGAAGUAUGGCGCGGAGAGACUGCGAAUUGUACAUCCUACCAAGGACGGGGCAAAUUCAGAGCAAAGCACACCAUCCCAAAGCCCUCCAGUCCAGGUGCCAGCCUCAAGGACGCCCAAAAAGAGGUCGCGGAAAAAGAAGUCGGAGGCAGAGCUCCAGCCAGAAGAGGCUGUUGCACCUGUUGCCCCUAUUGCACAUGUCUAUUCCGGCGCGGUGGAAGGCAAGAAACCCCCACGUGCGCGACCUGUGUGUCAAAAUUGUCUCGCUAAAGGUUGGGUGUGCCACUAUUCCCACAGAAUACGGGGCAAGGAGUCGAAUGUCGGCCCAGAGGCAUUGGCUGCACCAAGUGUACCAGAGCCAGGCCCCGUUGCUAUUUCAGACGAUGAACCUGAAGAUUUAGGGUCACCUGGAUUUCACACCGAGCCUGCCGAAGACCACCAAGCCUCCCAAGAGCUUUCGCCAGACUCAAUUGAAGAAGCGCCAGAACCAGUGGCUCAUGACUUCCCUCAUCAAAUCGAAUCACCCUCCGAUACCUUCUCUCAAGCUCACGGGUUAUAUCACCACUCUUCAGGGCUAACCUUCCCUCAAACUUCCACAACCCAUACAGAACUAGCACAGCCAAGCAUAACCUCGGCACCUGUGGAACCUGCCCCAAUGGAGUAUAUCACUCCUCCGGUACUAGAACCUGUUGCUCCGACUAUACCUGAGUUUACGUAUCCGGAAAAUCACAACACAAUGCCCCAGCCGCAGCACACGAGGGUGGUAGAACCACCCUCGAGGCCGAGAAGAAGCCUGCCAACUAGCCAGCCCUCUCAUCACAGCAACACUCAUACCGCCAGUCUCAGCAAUCAGACAAGCCAAAUAAGUGCUUGGUCUGCUCCUGCUCCUGCUCCAGCUCCAGCUCCAGCUCCAGCUCCAGCUCCAGCUCCAGCUCCAGCUCCAGCUCCAGCUCCAGCUCCAGCUACAGCAAUGCCAACUCGGACUUCACCAAGACAGCAUAGAAGUAAGAGGUCUGCUCCAGUUUACCAAGGUUAUGACGACCUGCGACAACAGCAACCGUCUGCUUGGACCAGUGCCAACUGUCCUGCGGCCACACAGCCUGCUCAAGCUGCACACACUUCUCCCUACCAGUCGGCGGCACAGCUUUCUCCGGCCAAGAGUCGGCAGAGCAACCGAUCUCAGACCCCUGUGAACAAUGCCUCGCGCCAGCCUCAGCCGACGCAGUCAGUGACAAAUACCUCGGGUUACUCUGCUACUCAGUCCUCACAACAGACAACUCAGCCAGAUUCGACGUCGACCUCGACACAGGGCUACAACUACAACCAGUACUCGAACACUGCCAGCGCAAGUGCUUCAAGAGCCGAUUCGUCUAAUGACCGCAUAGGCUACCAGCCCUAUUCCAGCACACCGGCAGCGCCAAGUACGAACACGGCCUCCUUCUCCAACUUUGACAAGGCGCUCGAGAAUUAUAAUCGAACAAACCACAUGACCUCAUCAACCAGUCAUUCGACACCGGUAUCCCAGAAUGUAGCCUCCUCUUACACCACAACGGCAGAUGUCACACCCAGCGCUUCCCAAUGGGGAACUACUUCGACUUCUCAGACCCGGAACUCUCACAACUACAACGCCAAUCAAUCUGCUUCCAGCAAAAACUCUUACACCCAACAAUCACAGGCAGUUCAGGGGUUUAACAUGCGUCCUCAGCCGCCAACAAUGCAGACUAGGAGCUCAACGGCGACGUAUGCGCAGCAAUCUCAGCAGCAUCACCAGCAGCAGGCACAGCGUCAUCAGCAGCAACAGCAGCACACCCAACAACCGCAACAACAAACCCAGCAGCAUCAACAGCAGAGUUAUAAUACGUACUCUAACCAACCGCAGCAGCAUACGAGUAACAAUCAGCAGCAGAAUUGGUAUGGUUUUCAGAGUGGGAAUAAUGCCUCGUCGGCGUACAGCUCUGCGACUGCGGCGGCGGCUGGUGGGAGCGGGGGUUACUCGGGAAGUGGGGGGAGUCAUGCUCAUGGGGGAGGUCAUGGGGGACAAAGUCAUGGGCAGCAGCAUCGGUCGAUGAAUUUGUCGAGUCAUACUUAUAGCAGUAUUGAUGGGGGGGAGCAGGCGUUGUAUGAUUUGUUGAGAAAUAAUCCUACAGGGUAG